CCAAUCCCACCAACUCGUCUAUAUUCUACGUUACCGAUGAAACAGAGGAUGGUGCUCUCAACUCCCUUGUUCUAGAGCACGCGACGGGCAAGGUUACGCCGGUGGCGUCUAUUCCUACCCAAGGCGGAUCGCCAACACAUAUUGGUUUAGUCAACAACGGCUCCCAGCUAGGUGUAGCAAACUAUGGAGGUGGUUCCACUUUUUUCGCUACCCUGGAAGACGACCAGCUUCACUUCUCCAACCCACAACUGCUGAAAUUCGAUCAGGUUCCGGCUUCGAAUGCUCAUCAGGUCGUCGCGUCUGGUAACCAGGUUAUGGUGGCGGAUCUCGCCGCCGACCGUGUCUGGCGACUCACUCAAGACGGUUCCAACAAUUGGUCAAUCGAAACUCUCACAGAUGGGUCGUUAUACACUCUGCACGAGAAAGCAAACACAUUAUCUCAACAAGUCUUGACUCCAACACUCGGUGACGCACAACCAGAUGCCGUCUCUAGCAUCUCCAUCAUUCCCUCUGACACGCCUUCAUCUGCCACUCUCUACGCCGGGGAACUUCUCAUGGCCCACGAGCCAUCCACUCUGAUCUAUGCUUCCAACAGAGAAGAUCCUAGUCCCGAAGGAGAUGCGAUCGCUAUCUUCCAGACCAAUCCUCUGACCAAGGUUGCUAGCAUCCGCACUGGCCUCAAACACCUCCGGGGGGUCGCUCUCGUAGGGGAAAAUGACGCAUAUCUUAUCGCUGGGGGAAUGAAUGGAGGAGGUAUCAAAAUUUACGAAAGGGUUUCACCGGACCAAGGGUACCUCAAGGAAAUCGCCUCCCUCGCAGCUAAUGUGGUUGAACAGCCCUCCUCUUUCAUUUGGGCAGCUCAGCAAGAGUCGACAGUGAUCUCCGGUACAACACCCAUAACGGCUCCUAGUGCUACGACCCCCACGACCAUUCAGCCCACAGUCUCUCGUAGCGCCGGAUGCCGCCGUUUCAAGAUUGAAGCCAACAUUCUGGAAAGGAGCUUGGAAAUUCUUAACGCUUACAUAAUCAAGCGAGGUGCAGCGCAGCGCUUCUCCUUGAUUACACCUGUCUCGCCUCCCGCCCUCUUUCUUCUCAGUCUCUUUCACUCAUCGGUUCAGGCUCUUGCGACGAAAUCCUUGGCUUUGUCGGAGAAGCCAAUGCCUCAGUCGUCGGCGUCUAAUGACGAGGAGCAUGUCAUACAGCAACCAGGAAGCAGUCGGGGAGCUUUGAAUGCUCCUGUGUACCCUCCGAACGGACUCUACUACGUAAGCGACAAUCAUCAGUGGACUAAUGCUGACAAAGCGCAGGAAAAGUGUAAGGGGAGGCGGCAUCUUACAGCUGGACAAUCCCUGCCUACGACCGUCUCGGUAUAUGACCAUCUGGAUUGA